AUGGCUGAUACCGAAAACGUCACGGUGGCAUCCAAUGUACUAGGGACCAUCGGAACGGUUCUCUGGUGCAUUCAGCUUAUACCGCAAAUAUGGUAUAAUUGGCGACAGAAGAAGACGGACGGACUGCCACCGUCUAUGAUGUUCCUAUGGGCUUCUUGCGCUGUGCCCAUGGGAGCAUACUUGAUUCUCCAGAAAGUGAAUAUACCGCUGCAAAUACAGCCGCAGAUAUUUGGCUUCUUUUCGCUAGUCAGCUGGGGUCAGGUUUUAUAUUAUAAUCACAACUAUAGCCAAGUCAAGGCAAUCUCCUUGGUAAUUGGCACAGCAGCACUGUUCGGUGGUAUUGAGGCGUUGCUGAUUCUCACAUUGCGAAUACCCUACAAUAAAGGUGUGACCUGGCCGGAUAUUGUCGUUGGCGUCGUUGCUGCUGUUCUGCUGGCGUCGGGGCUUAUACCGCCGUACUUUGAGCUAUGGAAGCGAGACGGGCGAGUGAUUGGUUUUAAUUGGCUCUUUUUGUCCAUUGAUACUUUGGGAGGACUUUUUUCUCUUUUUGCAUUAGCCGCGCAGGGCACAUUUGAUAUCCUCGGAGGAGUCAUGUACAUCAUAGUGGUCGUCCUGGAAGCCGGCAUCUACGUGAGCCAUAUAGUUUGGCGCAUUCGAUACCGGAAAUUGCGAAAAGAAGCCAAAGCUGCUGGUUUGAGCAUUGACGAGAUGUUAAGUAUGCACAGGAGUGAGUCUGAGCAGGUGAAUGAUACUGAGAAGAGGCCUUGCGAUAUUGAGAGUCAGAUUGCGGUGGACCAACGGCGAGGUUCAGUCGAAGUUGUAGAGCAGCCUGAGUUGAAUGAGAACGCAUAA